AAAGGAAUUUCUCCCCUGCAGAGCGAUGACCUUUCCGCGUCCGAAACCUCGAGGUUCCACUUGCCCGCCGCGAUGGAGGAUCCACCGCCGUCCGCCGCAUCAUCGGAGCCGGCACCAGUUGCAACAGCAUCUGCUCCUAGUGAAGCUUCGCACUCCAACCCGUCGUCUUCCCCGAAUCCUGCCCAGCCACCACCCUCUACGGCCUCUUCUCCAUCGAUCGCCGCCCCUUCCACCUCCCAAAACCCUCCCCAGCCGCAAUCUCAGUCGAUUCCUCCGUCCCAAUCACACCAGCCUAUUCAGCAGCAUCUGAGGCCGCCUGUCCUCCGGAAUCGCCCCCAAUCCUCUUUCCCUCACUUCGACCACCAGCUCCCUUCUCCUGCUACUCCGUCCAUUUCCUCCUCCACCUCCUCCGCUGGUCCAGCUGUUUCUGCUUCGCCAUCAGCGCCCACAUCUUCAUCGCAAAGGGCUGGGCUCGCCAUUGGGGUCCCAGCUCAUAGCCCUCACAUAAGGGCCCAGGAGUCUUCCGCAGCAUCCUAUCCCACGUUCGGUGCCUCUUCGUCAUUCACUCAGCCGUUCAGUGCUUUGCCACGCAUGCCCGAGCAGCCCCCAACUGCUAAUGCCCAGGUUAGGCAACCAAUUCAAGGGAUUCAGAAUAUUGGAAUGAUUGGUUCUCUUAGUACGAGUUCGCAGAUUCGAUCACUUGGAGCUUCUGGCCCUCCACAGCAGAGAUUUAUUCAGCCAACAUCUAGAGGGCCAGCCUUUUCAGUUAAUCAAAAAUUCCAAAGUUCUAAUUUGAUGAGGGGUCCUUCUGUCAUUUCCUCGAGUUCCAUGCCCUCGCUAUCUCAACAGCCAUUAUCCUCACAAGGAAAACAAAUGCCAGCUACCUUGGCACCUUCAUCAUCAUUCAGGCCCCAGAUGAAACAACAAACAAUUCAGCAGAGACCAAACUUGCCUAACUCCAUAACUUCUCAGCAAAUGGUAGCACCACAGCAGCAGCAGCAACAACAACAACUUCAACAACACAAACAGCAUCAACAAAUGCCACAGCAAAUGCAACAGCCACAUCAGCAGCCACAACAAUUCCUCCAACAUCAUGCUUCAUCACGCCAACCACAAGAGCAAUAUAGUCAGCAAAACCUACAGUUGAGGAAUCAACAGCAACUGCAACAAGCUGCAAGGCCACUUAGACCAGCCUCUAGUAAGGCAAAUCUGCCAACAUUGGUGCAAACUAAUCCUGUGCAGUCAGGAGCUAUCAGUGCAGCUAUUGAUACAGAUGCUGCAGAAUCUGGAAAUCAAGUUCUCAGCAAGAGAAGCAUCCGUGAGUUGGUUAACCAGAUUGAUCCAUCAGAAAAGUUGGAUUCUGAAGUUGAAGACAUUCUUGUUGACAUUGGUGAAGAUUUCAUAGAGUCUAUAACCACCUUUGCUUGCUCUUUGGCUAAACAUCGAAAAUCUUCUACAUUGGAAGCAAAAGACAUACUCCUCCAUGUAGAAAGAAAUUGGAACAUUACACUGCCGGGUUUUGGUGGAGAUGAGGUUAAGUGUUAUAAAAAACAGAUCACUAAUGAUAUUCACAAGGAGAGGCUUGCUGUGGUAUGCAUUCUUUCUAUGCAUAUUUUCUUGUUAAACCUUAUAUUCUCCUAAAUAUUAUCACAUUGU